AUUAGAAACUCAAACAAUAUUUAAAACGAAUUCUUUAUAAAAUGUUCAAACAGAAGUAUGAACUGUGAAAUAAGCAGGGGGUCUAAAUACUUAGUGGUCUGAACUUAUGAGUUAUCAUGAAAAUAAGAUAAAUGAGUGUCCUUCAAAAUAAGAUGCGACUUUACAGCUUUGUUGCUCUUCACAGAUUUAAUGGAAGUCCUCUCUGGGAUUAAUAAAUUAUAUCAAAUCAAAUCAAAAAGUCAAUUGUUUGUUGUUUUCAACAAUAAAACGAUGAAAGCAAAGUUUCGAGUUGAAACCUAUUUUAUUAUUUAAAUCAGAAUCGAAAACAAGUUUUAAACUAACAUUUACAGUCUAUGGUUUUAAAUUAAGAAAAUUACACAUCUGUGAUUUAAUCAAAGGCCAAUAAACACGAUAAAACGUCUUUAAUCACGUCUGACCGAUUUUACUGGUGUAAUAAACAUUUCUCGUCUUUAAGAUGUAAAAUAAAGAUAACUGUCCAUUAUUUAUACAAAUAUUAAAAAAUAUAUAUUUUUUAAACAUAUAAUUUCUGUUUAACAGGAAUACAAAUAUUCUUUGAAACCAAUGGUAGUUAGCCUUUAGCAUGGUUAGUUACACUGCUAGUUAAAGUGUUUAUAGAAGCUGAAUUUAUUGUUACUGGUUUGAUUUUCAGUUUCUGUAACAGUUGUGACGUAUUUUUAACAUCACACCAUCAGUUUGCUGUCUGUAAAUAAAUCGUCUGAGUGAGAAAUUCUAAUUAUUCGUCCCAAACUCUGGUAUGUACGGCUGCACGUGAAGGCGGCAUGUUUUGAUACUAUGCUACUUCAGGCACUGUUGGAUACAGGAGGCGUAAUUCCUACAUUUCGUGAGUGAUGUGACCGUGAUAUAUAUAUCCGGGCACGAAAAAAUUGUUUCUGUAAUCUGAUCUGAAGGAGACACGUUGAAUAUCAUUUAGUUAAACACAAUCAAUUCCUAAACUCGGAGUCAAUCCAAGUUAUCUUCACAAUUAUUUUUUGUCGUUGUUUGGUUAUUUUUCCAUCUUUAAUCGAGUAAAUGUCAAUAACUGUAUUUUCGACCUGGAACUGUUUUCAGUUCUGUCUCACCAGAGCUUUACAAUAGUCUCACUCCUUCUCCCUCACAAUAGAUAUUAUUACUGAUCAUCGGGAUUACGAGGAUGCCUGAACGCAGCACCGUUGUGUUCAGUGCGCGGCUUGAACACUCUGUUAUCUAAAAUAAUGAAGCUAACGAAGCUAAUGGCGCUAAUGUAGCUGAUGGAGCUGUUAUAAUCCUCCGCAGAUCAAACUGUAACAGGGUUAUUUAGCAGACUGUUUGGACGUUUCCAGGCAACGACAUUAAAACGUACAUUUAAAGCUACUCUGCUGACGUUCACUACCUACAUGCUACACAGAUUAGCUGCUAUGUUAGCAUGUUAACGACAGCUUCGGUAAACAUGAAGAUUUUUUAAAGGAAUAAACAUUUAGUGUUUCAUUAGAGAUCAUCAACAUGACGUCCGCUUCUACUAAAGUUGGAGAGAUCUUCUCAGCAGCUGGCGCUGCCUUCACUAAACUCGGAGAGCUCACCAUGCAGCUCCACCCUGUGGCAGACUCCAGUCCUGCAGGCGGUCAGACGAAGAGCGCCGUGAAGAGGAAGCUGUAUGAAGACGGAGCUCCGCCGCCUGAAGGACCAAAGAAGUCUGUGAAAAAAACUGCUGUAACGCCAGGUCCUCCGACCAUCAUCUCCGUCCCCACGGCCAAGGUGGUGGUGACGCCCGGUCUUCAGAGUACCCCCAACAACAACAACCAGCAACCCCUGAAGAAACCCAAAACUGCAGACGUGACUCUGAGCGCUCUGAAUGACUCGGACGUGAACAGUGACCUGGUCGACAUGGAGGGACUCGGAGACGGGUCCAAGUCCAAAAAACUGAACUUUGAUCAAGAUAACCUGAACCUGGACUCCUCACUCAUCAUGAACCCUGGAAAUCAUCAUCAAUAAAAACAGACUGAACGAUGGAAGACUCGAUGCAGCAGAGGAACUCCACAAGAUGAAAAACUCUUCAAACCUUCGAGGACGAGGAUUAAAAAUCAGAAACAUGAAACGUCUGUCAUGUUGUGUUAGUCUUAUUUUUGUAGGCGUUAAUCGGAAAUAAAAGGAUUAACGAGUGUA